UCGGGUUUUAUUUUCAUUCUCAAAACAAAAUGGUGGUGUAGUUAGAAAGCUAAAACUCCCGCGUUCUGUAUAGAUUUAUUGAAUAUCUCAAUUGUUACUUCCAAAAUAGGAAUACAAAUGGUAAAAUGGAAUUGGUGAAAGGAUUGUGUUUUUUGUGUAAUGAUAAAAAACUGAUUUUGAAUCGUUCUUCUGAAAGAAUUCAGAAAAUAUUCCAGAAUCUCUACACAGAAACAGUAUUAAAUAUUCAGGAACUCCAGAGUAUCACUCCUUCACUGAAAUUUUGCCCGGUCUGUCACCAUAAACUGAUUUUAUUGGAAGAAAUUCUCAAACAUAUACAAUCAAAUCAAAAUGAGAAUGAUGAGAAUUGCACCUUGUGUAAAAAAGGCGAAUUUAUAUUCAAAAUUACAAAAUGGAGUUAUUUCAAAGUUAUAUCUGAUGAUUUUCCUGUCCUAUCUGACAAAAAUAAAUAUAAUGUAUGCUCACAGUGUUGCUUCUAUUUGGAUAGUCGAUACAAUCUAAAAAAAAGAUUAUUUUUAAAAUAUCCUCAACUCAGAAUUGUACCAAAAUUGAAACUGAAGUUUGGAUCAGAAAUCAUCUCGCAUUCAACACCUUUCAAAACCCAAAAAGAUCGUUCACUAAGGCAUAGGAUAUGUUCCACUGAAGUCGUAUAUAUUUCAGACACUGAAGAGUCCCCAAAAGAUGUAAAAAGUUUGGAUUUAUCAUCAAUCAAGUCAUUCAAAGCACUGAGGCAUAACAAAUCACUAAGAAGAUCAAAAAUGGUUAGUGAAGACCCAAAACUAUUGAACCAAAUUCUUUACGUCAAAGUGACCAAAAAUAACUUAUCAUUUGAUAAACAAAUUCUGCCAAGUACGGAUGAUCAAGUAGAAAAGGACCUGGAAAGGUUGGCACAAAUUGUUUCUAAAAAAUCUUCGUUGAAAAGGAAAAAUUCUGAUGAUCUAUCAGAUAGAAGUUCUUGUGAAAAGGUUGAGGUAUCUGAUUCAAAUGAAAAUAAGGAAGCACUUGAAGGUUUAACUUAUUCUAAAAAUGAUACUGAUAGGUCACAUGUGAAAAAGUCAGCAUAUUUCAAAAUUAAAUUGAAAAAACCAACUUCAAAAUCAAAGAAAAUAGUUACGGAACAUCAUGAUGACAAAAAACAUAUUGCAAUGGCAACUGACUUCAGGAAAAGUUUAGUGAUUAACUUGGAAAGAGGGGCCAUACCACUUGGAACUAUCGAUCCAAAAAGUGAAAAACAUAUAGAAAACGGUAAAGAUGUUAGCAUAGAAGUUAUCGAGUCUGAAGAGCGAAGCCAAACAAUUACAGACAGUUUGAGAAUGGAAGUCGAUACUCCAGAUGAAUCAAAAAUUGGUAAUCCGACUGAAGAACAAAUUUCACCCAUGAUAACAGAAGAUCAGGAGAAUAGGGAAAAAGUAUUGGAAAGUAAAGAAAAAUCCUCCAUUUCUGAUAGUGAAGAGGGGGAUCGUGAGAGUACUGAAGAGAAUGAAAAUAGCAAAAACACAGUACCAAACAGUCCUUCAAAUAUAAGUGAACAAGAAAGCCAUGAACCUGCCAACCAUAAUGUUGAAAAAGUGAAUUUGGAUGGAGAAGAGUCAAGUGAAGAUCCUGAAGUCAGAGAAGAACCGUCAGUGGAAAAUAUAACAACCAAAAUGAAAUCAACAUGCCAUAAUAACGAAGAGAAAAGGUACCAAGCUUCUGAUGAUGAAUCGCCAACAUCUGGAGCACCAGAAAAUGAAGAGGAAAGUUGCAAUAGAAAAUCUGACCAAGACCAGGAAGACACCGAUCAUAAGCCAAAGGCAGACAGUGUCCCAGAAAAAAUAAUGGGUGAUGAAGAAUUGUCCAGUAAGAAAGAAGGAAGAGAUGAAAAAGAAAUAGAAACAGGGGAAAAAUCUGGAAAUGAAGAAGCUGGAGAGGAAGAAACAACAAACAAAGAUAGAAGUGAUGUCAUUAAAAAUGAUGAUGAAAAAGAUAAUGAUGACAAAAAUGAAAACAGUGAUAAAGAAAUUGAAAUCAAUGAUGAGGACAGAAAAAACAUUGAUUUAAUUCUAACUGGGUUAGAAACUGAUCCUUCCAAGUCGAGUCAGGAAGAUUCUGAGGAAAAAGAAUUAUCAGAAAAUAAUAUAAAAGAUACUGAUGAAGAAAGUGAAAAAUCAGCAGGUUGCAAACGCAAACGUGCUGACAGCCCCGAUUUGAGUAACUGCCCUGAAAAAAAGAAAAAAAAAGUCACUUUUAGUGAGGAUGUUUUAGACGCUGGUGAAUAGACAAUGCCAGUGGAGGAAAUAUGGAACUCGAAAUAAAAACAAUUUUGUAAAAUUAUUCGAUUGAUUUUAAGAUGCGACAGUAAAAUUGAGUGUUACUUAUUAUUUAUUUCAAUUUUAAUACUUUUUGGGGUAGUAAUAAAAGUUUCUUAUGACGUGUAUAACUGUGACAAAUUAAAUUUAUUGACCACUUUUUUCAUAAACUGAACGUUGAAUAACAAAUCUAUCAUCAUUCUUAUGUUCACUUGCUAUAUGAAAUAAAAUCCGAAAGAUUGUU